AGACCGCCCAGUGCCGCCUACAGCUAAGCAGAUGUAAACUUUCUUUCUGACCCCAUUCAGUGUCCAGCCGUUUCAGAUAAGAAGUUUCCGAGUGGGCUCCGUGAGCAUGGCGGACCGGGAGGAGCGCCGCUUCGCCGAGGUUUCCCGGGACUCCGUCAAACUAAUGGCCGAGAGUGCAGGCGUGGAUCUCGGUGAUGAUGUGGCCGCUCUGCUGGCUGAGGACGUUUGUUACCGACUCAGGGAGGCGACGCAGAGCAGCUCUCAGUUCAUGAGACAUGCAAAGAGGAGGAAGCUGACAGUGGAGGACUUUAACAGAGCUUUGCGCUGGAGCAACGUUGAGGCCAUCUGUGGCUACGGGGCCCAGGAUGGUCUUCCCUUCCGUUCAGUGAAAGAAGGAGAGCUUUUCUUUGUUGAGGAUCGGGACGUCAACCUGGUCGAGCUGGCUCUGGCCACCAACAUUCCCAAAGGCUGUGCUGAGACUAUGGUGCGAGUUAAUGUUUCAUACCUGGAUGGUAAAGGCAACUUGGAGCCUCAGGGAGCAGUUCCUACUGCAGUACAGUCUCUGUCAGAUGACCUGCUGAAGUACUACCAGCAGAUCACAAGGGCAAUCCUGGGAGAGGACCCCCAUCUCAUGAAGGUGGCUCUGCUGGACCUCCAGUCCAACUCCAAAAUCGCUGCCCUGCUACCAUACUUUGUCUAUGUCAUCAGUGGAGUGAAGUCAGUAAGCCACGACCUGGAACAGCUCAACAGGCUACUGCAUAUGGUGAAGAGCCUUGUCCAGAACCCCUACCUAUACUUGGGCUCAUAUGUGCGUAGUCUGGUCUCCAGUGUCAUGUACUGUAUUCUGGAGCCGCUGGCAGCCUCCAUAAACCCACUCAACGAUCACUGGACCCUUAGGGACUAUGCUGCCCUGCUUCUCAGCCACAUCUUCUGGACUCAUGGUGAUCUGGUGAGUGGUCUUUACCACCAGAUCUUGCUUUCUCUGCAGAAGGUUCUAUCUGACCCAGUCAGACCACUGUGCUCCCACUAUGGCGCUGUGGUGGGCCUUCAUGCUCUUGGAUGGAAGGCUGUCGAGAGAGUACUCUUUCCGCAUCUUCCUGCCUACUGGGCGAACCUCCAAGCUGUGUUGGAUGACUACUCUGUCUCCAAUGCGCAGGUCAAAGCAGAUGGACACAAGGUCUAUGGAGCCAUCCUGGUGGCAGUGGAGCGCCUGCUUAAAAUGAAGGCUCUGUCUCUGUCUCAGCCAGCAGAGGGAGCCACCAAUGCCCAGUCGGGCUCUGUGAUGGGUGCUAUGGGUUACAGAGUGAGCUCCCCAGGCCUCAGCCCACCUCCAGAGCCUCUGUCAGAGGCUGCCCUCGGAAUCGCCAGCCACCUCCAGGCGGGUGGGGCUGGUUGUCCCUGGGAAGAGUGGACCCCGGUCCCCCUCCCUGCCAUGUACUGUGAGCUCUACUCCUUCUUUGGUGACAGCUUGGCUGUCAGGUUUAGUACAGGACCAGGGUUUGGCAGCUACCCUCCCUGUACCCCUUCUCAGCUCAGUGACACCCGAAAGGAACCCUCUGGCCCUGCCUCCAACCCAGACACGACCCGGAAGAUGCCACAGCUGACUGCCAACCUCAACAUCAGCCCCAGGCAGGAUGGGAGUCCUCGCACUGAUCCACCUCCACCCAGCCUUGCGGCCACAGGAUCAGGAAGAACCCUGGCUCGCUCCUCCUCUGUGCAGCGCUCCAGAUCCUCCUCAUCACGUUCGGGGCAGCGUUCAACAGGUCUGUCUCGUGAUGUUUUCCCCAAGGCUCGCUUCACCUCUCCUCAAACUGGGCUUCCAGCGUUCUCCUUUCUUAUUGGUGGGCGGCAAAUGGGUCGCCGUUGCCAAGGUCGACGUCCCUUCCAGACCACUUUUGCCCCAACUCCACCUUUUUCUACCAUUCCUCCACGUGCCUACGCUCACAAACUGCCCGUUAUUGGCAGGGUGGGAAAACCUGUACGCCGAUGGACGUGCUCUCAUUACUCCCUUCAUCUGCCUCUGUAGAGAGCAGGGUCUAACGAUUGACAGCAUUCAGAUGGCAAGCAGUGGGGUUUGACUGCUACAGACUUUUUCAGGUCCAUAUUAAUAUUGUCUUACUUAAGCUGCCAAAGAUUGGUAUUUUGUGAUUGUAUUUUCAUAGUUGAAAAUAACAAGGAUGGAUUGUUUUUUAUCAUGGUGUAAAAAGAAAUGUAACCAUGAUUCACUCAGACGGCACGGAUCUUUCUCUUAAGCUCACACUGAUUAAAAUUUUUUUUUAACCAUUUCUGACUGUGAUGCACCACCAAUGGUGGUAUCAAAGUAGACACAAGUGGAUAAUAAUGCAUGACAUCACUUCACCAACCUAUCCAGCCUGAGUCCAGCUCAGAAACCACCCCUGUUUUCACAACAAAUGUUGAUAUUUUUGCCAACCAACUUUUGGGUUAUUUUGUGUUUUCCAUGAUUACUUGUGUUGCAUCCUGGGCCAUACACCUGCAAGUAGUAAACUGACUGAUAUCAUAAGCAGCAUUUAUAAAAACACACAAAAGCUUUGCAAAUUUGACCAUGUAUACAUGUAUGGCGUAAAGAAAUGUAUUUCAAACAGACAGAACACAAAUAGGAAUGAAAAACAGGCAGAGUUUUGGAGGUAAAAUUCAUAAACGUGCUGCUGAUCACUGGAUAGAGGUGUAUGCUAGCCAGAAUCUCAAACAAUAUUAGUCUUUUUCUAAAUGUCAUGUUCUGAAAAUGUUUGUUUUGUUUUCUUGAGUUGUUUUCCUUUAUAGAUCUACCCAAAAAUACACGUUAUCUGUUGGUGUCCUCUAAACCCUCUGCUUGACUUAAAAAUAGACCCAAGCAUUAAAUGUGUGUGGAGCCAUGAGGAAACUUUGACCGUCCUCUCAUUAUUUGAAUAUUGAAACUAACAGAAGGGCCAUAGUUUUGGUACGGUUUUUGGUACAUUUAAUAUGAUUUAUUCAAGAGAUUGUUCAAAUGUCAAACUUGUGGAGUUAAUUUUCUAUUGAUGCAGUAAUCCUUUAGUCAACUUAGUGCCAGUCCUUAGAGCACCAGACUCACUAGAAUCAUCUGAGAUUAAGGUCAGAUAUACGUGUUGUACUGUUUUGGUGACUGAAUACAUGUAACACUGGCUGAAAAGCUCAACAUGGGCUUCAUAUUUCAGUGUAUCAGUCGAACCCCACUGCACCAUCCUUUUAGUGAAUUUUGCUAAAGCUGGAUCAGGGACGUCAGACCUGUGUAUCAUGAGCCAAUGUAAGGGUUAAUGCUGUCUGAAAGACAUGGACUGAACACUUGCUGAGGACAGUGUUGGAGCCGAUGAAGAGCAUUCAUCGUGUAUGUGUAAAAAAAAAAAGUUCUGACAUCUUGUAUAUAACUGUUUUCACGGAAUAAAUAUUUCCUAGCUAUAA